AUGAACGGCUCGGCAGCGGGCUCCGAGGCGGGCUGGCAGCCCGAGCUGGUGAUCAUCCCGCUGGUGUACCUCGCCAUCUUCCUCGUGGGCACGGUGGGCAACUGCCUGGUCCUGGCCGUGCUGCUGCGCAACAGGCAGGUGAAGAACACCACCAACCUCUUCAUCCUCAACCUGGGGGUGGCCGACCUCUGCUUCAUCCUCUUCUGCGUCCCCUUCCAAGCCACCAUCUACACCCUGGAGGGCUGGGUGUUCGGGCCCUUCAUGUGCAGGGCUGUCCACUUCUUCAUCUACCUCACCAUGUACGCCAGCAGCUUCACCCUGGCCACCGUCUCCCUCGACAGGUACUUGGCCAUACGAUACCCCCUGCACUCGAGGGAGCUGAGGACACCCAGGAACGCCCUCACAGCCAUCUGCCUCAUCUGGGGGCUUUCCUUCAUCUUCUCGGGCCCUUACCUUAGCUACUACCAGGAGUUCCAGUUGGCCAACCUGACCGUCUGCCACCCCAUCUGGGAGAUGUCCCAGCGCAAGGUCAUGGACAUCUGCACCUUCAUCUUCAGCUACAUCAUCCCAGUGCUGAUCCUGAGCCUCACUUACGUGCAGACUGUUCGCUACCUGUGGAGGUCUGUGGACCCUCUCCAAGACAUGUCGGAGGCCAAGAAGGCCAAGCGGAAGGUCACCAGGAUGAUCAUCAUCGUAGGCGUCUUGUUUUGUCUCUGUUGGCUGCCCCAUCACCUCCUCAUCCUCUGCGUCUGGUUCGGGUACUUCCCCCUCAAUCACGCCACGUACGUGCUCCGCAUCCUCUCGCAUCUCAUCUCCUACGCCAACUCCUGCGUGAACCCCAUCGUCUACGCCCUGGUCUCCAAACACUUCCGCAAGGGCUUCAAGAAAACCUUCAUCUGCCUCUUGCACAAGAAGGCAGCCAACAAGGUGCACGUGGCCCAGGUGACGAACACCGUCAGCAUGCUGGAGGCAGAGCUCAGCGAGGUGACCCACAUCAGCAAAGCCCUGCCCGGCCGCUCCUCGCUGCGCUGCAAGGCCCCAGCCCAGCCCUGGGGGGAGGCAGAGCCGCUGGGGCAGCAGCAGAAAGCGGAUGGCUCCGCCACCUUCAGCGUCACCUAGCAGAGCUCCUUCCCACGCCACGGCUUUGCGGUCCCCCACAGCAUCGCAGGCCUGGGGAUGGGCUACAUUUUGGGUUAAAAUGCACCAAAACAUGCCCUUUUUCAUUCAAAUAUACCCAGAUAUCCAAACUGUUAAAGCACUGCUGCUGGCUAUGGACUCAGCCAAGGGACAACCGAGGAUCCUAGGGCAGGAUUUGCUUCCACCAAGCACUUGCUGAGAGCAGAGAGAUCAAACCCCCAGAUCAACUCCCACGUGGAAGUAGCUGCUCCUCCGUCACGGAGGGACUUUUACCCUGCUGCAUCCACGCCUGGAGCCCGCUGAAAGCUCUGGUCCCUCCAACCAACACGGUGUCUGCCUGGAGCUAGCGGGGUGACCUUUUAGGGACAUCUGGGAAGUCUUGGUUUGCUUGUGUCCCACUUCGGGAGCUGUGUCCAGGGCAGUGCUGGCCGCGGUUAUCGGGGCACAAACCUGGCUCAGGUAGGAAAAUCCAGGAGAGAAGCAUAGAAAUCAAGAGACAAACCUUCCUGGCACAGCCGGUGCUGGCUGGGCUUUAACAUCUCCCUGGGGCUUGUGGCUCAGGGGAAGGAUCCCCGAGAUGGAGCUCGGCUGGAAGCUGAGACGAGCACCGUAGCCCGAGUAUGGGACUGUCGAGGGCGCAGGGCACUGCCCCGCGCUGCCGACCGUGGCUCUCCCCUGCCGUUUCGGUACGUGCGAGGCUCUGCAGAGCACCCGGAGGUCACCAAGGACCGGCGGGGAGGGGGGCUGUUUGCCGGGGGAGCACAGCCAUGGCCCCGUGGGACAGGUUAUGCUGUGGG